ACUUCUGACGCAGCAGGAAAAAUAUAAACAAUCAAAAUUUCGUAAAAAAAUAAUAGCAAAAUGUGCAUUUCUAAUGAAAAUAAAUGUGGUUUUAGCAAACAAUUUGCAACAACUAUAAAUGGACAACAAACGGAAUUUGUAUUCCAACCAUUUGCCAACAAAUGGUUUCUAUUAAUCACCCAAUAUGGAAAAGUGCCAAAUCUAUACAGUGUAAAAUUUGACUUGCAGCGUAAUGAAGGUAUACCUGCUGCCAUACAGGGCCCCGUGGAACAUCCACAAUUUCAUAUGUCGGUACCCAUAACAAUAACAUGCAAUUUUGGCGCAGACAAAGAUGAAGUUCGCAGUGGCAUACAGUAUCUGGUUAACAAAUCAAAGUUAAAUAGAUGUCCUAACGAGUUCGUAAUUGGUUUGGGUUUAAAACAAAUGGAUGGCAAAAAUCUUAAGGAAGUUGCUCGAGUGCUGGAUGAAGUAAUUGUCUAAUAUUUUAUAAACACUGUAUUUUUUUUUGUAGAAAAAAUGAUACUUUUUUAUUGUUUUUAAAAAUAAAUUUGUACAUUAAAACGUGUACAAAACACUUAAAA